AUGAGACUCACUCAUGACGGACAGCUCCUUGCCACAUCUUCAUGGGAUUCAACGUGCAUGCUUUGGAAAGUAUGUCCGGUAAAGAGUGCAGAAAUGGUUCGUUUGACGCUCUUAAUUAUAUUACCUGUUCAUGAGGAAGGCGUCUCGUCUCUUGCCUUCACAGUGGACGAUCAGAAUUUGGUUACUUGUGGCGAAUGUAUCGUGGAGGUGUGGGAUAUCUCGAACUUGUCUGCGAAUAACCAGGUUAACAAUAACCAGGACGGCACAACAACAUCUCUUGACAAUCAGUUGCAGGAGUGGGAGCAAGCCAUCCCGUUCUCGUUCUCCAUUGAGUCGACAGUUAAUCUCUUCGCCUUUGACGAAUCAAUGACGUCGCUCAUUGCCAAUCACGAAUGGCUUCAUCUUGGCGACAAUGGGCGAGAACAGACGCUAGUAGCCCCUGCGCAAAGCGAAGAAGAGCGGAAUGAAGUGGUCGACGUUAAGCAGUGUCUCGAGCAUCUAAUUGAAGAAAUUGACCCCAAUGAUGAUGAAUUCGAGAAAAUCCUAAAAACUCGCGAAAAAGGACAAGAAGGCAACAGAAGUGGCAACAACGAUGCGAAUGAUGAACUCACAUUAACAGCAGAGGAGAGUGCUCGGCUGAGAACCCAGUUCCGAAGCAUGAAGGACUUCGACUUUGAAAAGUUGUUCACACCUGCUUUGUCAUUUUUGGAUGAGGAUAAUGCGGCUAUUUCUACUAAAUCUGUUACUCGAAGCCAAUCUUGUCCUGAUGCAAGUGGGCGACUACUUCGUACGUUUUCAUCAAAGACCAAGGAUGGCGUGUUUUCAUCUCAUUCGUCGAUGAUUACUGGUUGUGCAUUGGCACAAGAACUUGAUUUGGUUGUGACGGUGGCGCUAGACAAGUCAAUUCGGUACUGGUCACUGGAUCAAGGUGUCGUCCUGGAAACCGUUUUUGAUGCACACGACGCUCCGAUUACGUGCUGUGCACUCACGUCACCAACCACCUGUGACUUAAACCUCUUUGAAAUGCUACUGGCAACUGGUGGAUCAGACAACUUGAUCAAAGUAUGGCGAAGACAUGAACCCAAGCCAGCAGAGUGCGUGUUCACGCUUUCAGGACACAACGACACCAUCCGAUCUGUUGCUUUCGAUCCCAGCGGUGUAUUUCUCGUUUCUUCCAGUGAAGACACAACGGCGAUGAUGUGGCGAGUGCGGCCCUCAUUUCCGGAUCAGCCAGAGGUCCCCGUCGUGGUUUCGGUGGAUAGAUUCUCGAUCACUAUAUCGUGGACUGAACCGUUAGCAAACGGAGCCAAGAUUCUUCGUUACAUUGUGCGCACGACACAUGUGAGUUCGUAUAGUGGUGACGAUCGCGAGUUUGUGAGUAUUCCUGAUACGGAGGUGCCAGCACAAUAUUUAUCAAAAACAAUUGAGAACCUCCAGCCAGGUGUCCACUAUACACUUCAAGUGGCAGCCGUAAACCAGAUUGGGAUCAGCGAGUUUAGUAUUGCAACCAAGCCGAUAGAAACGCUUGCGUUCAUUCCAUCUCGAAUCGAGCGCGCAGUGCAGCAUGACAACCGCGAGGCCACUCGCAUCACUCUCUCCUGGACAUCUCCCUGUCCGAAUGGUGCUGCCAUUGUGUCAUAUACUAUUCACUGUCAACCGGAGAACAACGCUUUUGUUCCACUGCGUGAAAUUACGAUUCCUGUGGAGGAUCUUAAAGCAUCUCACGAACCGGUUCUUACCGGAUAUUGGUGCUCCACAAUAGCCCCGAAAACGACACAAACCAGGUCAACAGCGAAGGUCAAACGAGGUGACAAGACCCGGAGGACAGACAAUACCGGUACAACGAAAGCAACUCGUUCGUCAACCCCCGUCCCCCAAAAAGUGUUGACCUCGAAGACGCCUGUGCUAGCUUCGCCAUUGCCUUCGAUCACCACACUCUCGUGCACAUUGGACGAGCUCUGGGCUGGUGAGGUGUACCAAUUCGUAGUGGCAGCCUCGAAUCGCUGUGGUCUUGGACAGUUUUCACGCGUGAGUGACUACGUUAAAAUGGACUGCACGGCUCCUGAUCAGCCUGAAAAGCCUGUGGUUGGGAGCGUUGAUAAGCGGCAAAUCGAUGUCCAGUGGACUAAACCACGUUGCAAUGGUAGUGAGGUGUUGCAAUACACUCUGCGGUGGAGUCAGGAGAUCGAAGAAGUCCCUUUUAUCAACGAACAGUCGAUUGUUCUUCUCACACGAUCCAUUGCCACAACGAAGUACACAGUGACUGGCUUAGAACCAGGACACCCCGUUCAAGUGUGGAUCUCUGCUUCCAAUCUGGUGGACAACAAACUACUGACAUCCCCUGAAUCUGUACCCAGCGAUAGUAUGACGACUCUGUGCGACGUUCCGAAUGCGCCCGUAGCCCCAGAACUUUUAGAGCCCUCAGCUCACACGUUGAUGCUCGCUUGGACACCACCCAAACACAAUGGUCUUCCGAUUGAUGGCUACACCGUUACUAUUUACUCGGAAGACACGCAGUUCGGCGUCCGCGUUCGCAAAUUAUACCGUGAGGUUUCCCUGAAACCCAACGAUCUACACCAACGUAUCGCAGGUUCACCAAUUGUAACAUUCAUUCUGCGUCAUCUACGAGGGGGAACAUUCUAUAGCGCCACAGUUAGUGCCUUCAACAGCUUGGGUCAUAGCGGUGUUAGUGACGCUAGUGUUCCAGUACAGACUAAUACCCCCACCGUCCCUGAUGCUCUACCGGAAGCCCCCACAGUUUCAGAAGUGACACCCACGAGUGCCAUUAUAGCAUGGAAACUACCAGCUAAUGACGGGGGCUCAGCUUUGCACGGGUUUCACGUCGAAUACAGUGUGCGAUCGAACCGAAACGAAGCGAAAAUGGAGAACGGAGGCGACAUCACGGUAUCUCACGGACUUGAGCUCAACGUGACGUUCCUCAAACCACAUCGCCUGUACCGCUUUCGAGUGUCUCCGGAGAAUCGCGUCGGUCGUGCGAAUCCAAGCGCUUGGUCUGAUGAAGUUGCCACCCCCAGUCUCGUAGAGUUCACAGUCACUCGCUACUUCGCUUGUCGACCUCCAGUAGAACACAUCGCUGCGCGUUAUAUACAAUGUAGAUAUCGAGCCUGGAAGAAGGCUGUAGCGGACAAUGCUCGUUUCACCGCUGCACUUAUGGAGGUGCUUCGUCACUGGCAUUUGUAA